UUUUAUUAUUCUGGAGCUUGUUUUGUUGACAUUUAACAAAUAACCCAAUUAUUUUGUAUCUUCUUGUUAAAAAUUAUUUUGUUGCCUGCCAGUAACUUAAACUGCUUUAAAAACGUCUGAAUAAUCAGUGAAGUAGGAAUACCAAUCAUUAAUCCGCUACGAUUAGGUUACUGCACAUAUCUCUAACUCCUGGUACGUAUAUAUACCACCUGCUUUAACAUUUGUUUUUAUUGGUUAUUGUUUAUAUCAGAAUGAAGAGCUAUUAUUUACUUAAAAACAUUAAGCAGUUGAUUUUUGUAACGGUGAAAUGCUGUGUUUUCUUUGCGGUACGAACUGUGAGUCUUAAUUAUUAUUUAGACGAGUUUCGACUGAAAAGAAUUAAGCUUUAUGAAUGAUUAAAAUUUUCAUUCAACAUCGAUAAUAACCAAAGAAUCGAUAGAUCAACAGAAUAUUUCGAGAGAUUGCUACAUCAUUUUUAUUUACGCAGUCGGACCAAAUCAUACAUAACCUCGAUAGAGAGUGAGGUUGAUCGUAUAUUCUAAAAGAGAUUUAGUUGAACCAGCCUAGAGAGGGCGCUAGACGUCCCGUCUAGCAGCGUCUAUGUGCAGUAGCUGCUCUGUCCCAGUCUGGAUCAGGCGAGGUCUGGUGAUACACAUUCUAAGAGUCGCGAUAGGUUAUGUGGUAUGUAAUACGUGAAUAAUGAAUGGUGACAAUAAAAAAGAACUAGGAUUAACCACUGGCUCCAGACCGACUCUGUGGUCCAAAUUACGAUCAGCCCUCGGACAUGUUGGGUUAUUUGUGACACUUAUGAUCUACACUGCUGUUGGUGGCAUGGUUUUCAACGAAUUAGAAUCUCCGGCAGAAGUGUCGUUGCUGAAAGAUUUGCAGAUUAGUGUCCUCAAGGAGCGGCAAUUUUUGAUACACACUAUACUUAACCACACUAUCUUAAAUUCGGAAUAUGAUCACAGUGACCGGUUACGUAACCUGACUUCAUUAGUAUCUCAUAAGUUGAGUGACUAUGAAAAAGUCGUCCAGGAGGCCGUGAGAGGUGGAGUCUCACUGCCACAAGAUCCUAAUAAUCCAGCACCACAGCCGACUAGAUGGAACUUCCUUCAGGCUGUAUUCUUUGCCUCAACCGUACUCACAACUAUUGGUUACGGUAACAUUGUACCGGCGACGUUCUCGGGACGUGUGUUCUGCAUUGUGUUCGCGCUGGUGGGGAUUCCCCUGACGCUGAGCGUCAUAGCGUCGAUGGGCCAUAUCUUCGCGACUGCCGUGUCGUCCCUGUACGCACGCGUGAGAAAGCAUCUGCCACCCGCUCCUGGCAUCCUAACGCGCGUCAGCAUUGCAGCUCGUCGUUCGCUGAUGGCCGUCGCCGCCAUCCUAUUCCUCUUCCUGUACCUGGCUGCAGGUGCGGGUCUCUUCAUGCUCUGGGAAGAAGACUGGACCUUUUUCGAAGGCUUCUACUUCUGUUUCGUCACCAUGACUACCAUUGGCUUUGGUGACCUCGUCCCAAAGAAGCCUAAAUACAUGCUGUUGUGCACGUUGUAUAUCCUAGUGGGCCUAGCCCUCACUUCCACCAUCAUAGAGCUGGUUCGGCGACAGUAUGCGCAAUCAUGGCGACAGCUCCAGGCAUUGUCAGGUCCUUUGGCCGACACCCUGAGGCGACUGGGAGAAAGUGCAGGGGGCGGUAUUGACGUAGCUGCACUACACAGGAUGCUAACAAUAGUCAGCGUUCCACGGCGCAUACAGUCUGGCGAGUCAGGAGCCAAGGCACGCCGACAGUGGGAAGAAGCCAUGGCAGCCAUGAUACGGGACAUCGCGGCGAGCCCAAAACAGCCACCGAAGGUCGUCCAAAUCGUCAUAUACGAGUCCUCGGUUUGACUCCCUUUGAGAGCCUCAUAUGCCAUUAUGUUUAUUCUCACACAAUGAAGUUUCCCGCCUGCAAACACAGAAUGGACUAAUCGUAUAUGAUCCAUUGAUUUUUACCAUCCGAAAUUAAGUUGGUUCGUGGUUAUGAAAUGUCUUGUAGGUAAUUAUGUGUCGCAUCGGAAUUAAUCAACAUUGUCAGUGUAAAACAGACUACAAAAUGUAAAUUAAGUGACAGGGCUAUUAUCAUAUGCUUGUUACUUAGCUGUAAAUAAUAAAAUAAAUAAUAAAAUAUGC